GUGGCCAUGCCCGGGUUUCACUCCCUCCUCCCCUCUCCUGCUCCACUCUUCCUUCCCUCCGCCGCCGAUCCCUGAGCUCACAUUGCCCCCGGAGGAGGAAGAGAGGGAGGAACAAGGCGGUGGUUCGACUGGGCAACCGGUUUUCUGCUCUUUUUUUUUUUUUUUUCGUUUUCCGUUGUAGUUGGCUGGAUCUGGUGAGCUUGGCUUCCUCUGCUUCUUGCUCUGUUGGUUUUGGUGGGUUUGGGGGAGAAAAGAGGCAUUUUUGUUGUUCAUUGCUAGUGUGUGGAGCAGGUGAUAGAGAGUGCGUGAGAAUUUUUCACCUGAACAACGUCUUUGUGCUCCCUAGCCGGUCCCUUUGUUGAUUACAUUUGUUUGACAUCUGCUCCCGGGAGGAAAUGGAUAGGGUUUCCUCGGCGGCGAUGUUUCCAGGGGCGAUCCAAGCGAGGGAGCAGAUGGGGUUGGUGUGGCAGCAGGUGAAGGCGCCGGUGAUUGUGCCUGUGCUGCAGCUGGCGGUGUACCUCUGCCUGGCUCUGUCGGUGCUGCUCUUCGUCGAGAAGGUCUACAUGGCCAUCGUGAUCACCGGCGUCCGGCUCCUUGGCCGCCGCCCGGAAUCGAGAUACAAGUGGGAACCGAUGGGCGACGAUGCCGAGCUCGGCACGUCCGCCUACCCCAUGGUGCUCAUCCAGAUCCCAAUGUACAACGAGAAAGAGGUGUACCAGCUCUCGAUCGGAGCGGCUUGCGGGCUCUCGUGGCCUUCGGACCGCAUCAUCAUCCAGGUGCUCGACGAUUCCACCGACGAAUCCAUCAAGGAGCUGGUUCAGAUAGAGUGCCGGAAGUGGGCGAGCAAGGGAGUAAAUAUCAAAUACGCGAUCCGGGAAGACAGGGUGGGGUACAAGGCUGGCGCGCUCAAGCAGGGUCUCAAGCACCACUACGUGAAGGAUUGCGAGUAUGUCACCAUCUUCGACGCCGACUUCCAGCCGGAGCCCGACUUCCUCCUCCGAACCAUCCCCUUCCUCACCCACAACCCUCAGAUCGCCCUCGUCCAAGGCCGCUGGACCUUCGUGAAUGCGGACGAAAAUAUGAUGACAAGGAUGCAGGAAAUGUCCUUGGACUAUCACUUCUUUGUUGAGCAGCAAGUGGGAUCCUCCACCUGUGCCUUUUUCGGCUUCAAUGGAACUGCCGGGGUGUGGCGGAUUUCAGCUAUCAAUGAGGCUGGAGGUUGGAAGGAUAGGACCACUGUGGAGGACAUGGAUUUGUCUGUUCGUGCAAGCCUCAAGGGCUGGAAAUAUAUCUUCCUCAAAGACCUCGAGGUCAAAAGUGAACUACCAAGUACUUUCAAGGCCUUCCGACAUCAGCAACACAGAUGGUCUUGUGGCCCUGCAAAUUUGUUCAGGAAAAUGGUGAUGGAGAUAUCCAAAAACAAGAAAGUGACUAUCUGGACAAAAAUAUAUGUUAUAUACAGUUUUUUCUUCAUCAGAAAGAUUGUAGGUCAUAUUGUGACCUUCAUAUUUUACUGCAUCGUAAUCCCGAUGACAGUCUUUGUUCCUGAAGUACAAAUACCAAAGUGGGGUUUAGUGUACAUUCCUUCAGUCAUUACACUGCUGAAUUCAGUUGGAACACCAAGGUCUUUUCACUUGCUGAUGUUCUGGGUCCUUUUCGAGAAUGUCAUGUCUCUGCAUAGAACAAAAGCAACCUUAAGUGGCCUAUUGGAAGCAGGGGGGAGGGUCAACGAGUGGGUGGUCACUGAGAAGCUAGGGGAUAUCAUGAAGACAAAAUCUAAAGGAGCUAGGAAGCCAAGACUAAGACUUGGUGACAGGUUACAUCUGAUGGAGCUCUUUACUGGAGUCUACCUCUUCUUCUGUGGGUGCUACGAUCUUUCCUACGGGAAGAACCAUUACUACAUCUACCUUUAUCUUCAAGCAAUCACUUUCGCAAUUGUUGGAUUUGGUUAUGUUGGCACUUUUGUGCCACAAUCCUAAGGUCGAUAUACUGCCGACUGCAUUCAUACAGUGCCACAAAAUCACACCUUGCACCUGGGCAUGCUUUAGUUUCAGUAACUGUGGAGAUCAUUCAAGAAAAGAACCAAGUCUCAUCAACAACGAAGGCAGACCUCUAUCCAAUGUGAGUCUAGAAGGCAGUCUUCUGAUAGGAUCCUUGUGUGAUUAAGAAUUGAGUAAAUGAUGGUCUAACAAAGUGUCACAAUGGAACAACCUUGAGUAUCAAGGGCAGAAGUAGAGAGCAGAUUUAGCAUAGUGAUGUGUGAAAGCCAGAAAUUCUAGAUCAAUUAUAAUUAUUAAAUUUGUCUUUAUAUUCUUUCGCAGUGUUGUGCUAAAAAAAGGGGGAAAACCAAAAAUUAAGUUGAGAAAUGAGUUGAUAAACUUUAGGUACUAAAGUGUUACUCUAUGGCCAAAAUAUGCAGAUGCUGCAAUGAAAAAAAAUGUAUUCCAA